AUGCGAACAACGAUAUUCCCUACGCAUCCAUCUAUCUGGAAUCCAACAACGAGACAAUCUCGAGUGGAAAUAGUCGACAGAAGAAACCCGCAAAUAACUACAAAUUUGCUUACGAUCAAAAGAUCCCCAAAAGAUCAAAUGAUCCAAAAAAUGGUGGAAAUCGGUGGGGAUUCGGUUCUGUUGGAAGACCGCAACGGACAAUGCCUUCUAUACAAGAUAAGAAGAAUGGCCAAGCCUCAGUGGACCAUCGUCUCAAAAGAACCGUGCUUAUCGAUCAAUGUAACGUCGCAAUAUGUCUGUUUGGAGAGGCAUAAGAAUACGGUGGAGAAUCGCGACAGAAGAUUGAAAGGAGCACUAGAGGAAAACCAGAGAUACGAGUCUAACUUUUUCAAAGUGAAGAAGAAACACGAAGAUGAGGGAGAUGUAGACUCUGUUGCUUCCCAGAAAGUCAACGAGGGUCCAAAAAUUGAGGAUUUUGUCCAUAUCAGAGAUGUCGGUCAAGGAACAUACGGACUUGUUGGAGAAUACCGAUCGAAAAGAACUGGACAUCGUGUAUUAAGACCCUAA